CAAAUUUUUUGCUCACUUAAACCCAAACUGCCACUUCUUCAAGGCUUGAGCCUCUCUUCUUCUUCUCAAAAAUGGCUCUCCUCCAAUUCCCCACACUUUCUCGCCCAAUUCCUUCCCUUUCACCCGUUUUUUCUUCAUCAAAACCCCAUUCCCGUAACUCACUCUUCUUCUCUACAACAAAGGCUACGCCUUUUUCACUUUCAACACAACCCAGAAAGCUGCUUUGCAAACCUCCACUUGGAAAAUAUGUCAGGGAAGAUUAUCUUGUGAAAAAGAUGUCAGCUCAAGAAAUCGAGGAGUUAGUAAGAGGGGAGAGAACGGUUCCCAUAAUCAUUGAUUUCUAUGCAACAUGGUGUGGACCUUGUAUUUUAAUGGCUCAAGAACUCGAAAUGCUAGCAGUGGAGUAUGAGAAAAAUGCAAUUAUUGUCAAAGUUGAUACCGAUGACGAGUAUGAAUUUGCGCACAAUAUGCAGGUUAGAGGGUUGCCUACUUUGUUCUUCAUCAGCCCUGAUCCAAACAAAGAAGCAAUCCGGACCGAAGGCCUCAUUCCGAUACAAAUGAUGCGUGAUAUACUAGACAACGAGAUGCGAGGAGGAGGAGAAGGCUGAUUAUUUAUUGCAAAACAGAACCGAGGUACCGGAUUUUGCUUGAAGGUGUUAAUAUGUAUUUUCCGGUACCGAUUCGAUCUACAAUGUAGUUCCGAAGCAUAAACAUAUGUAUCACUUAUGUAAUGGUUGUAGAAUUUGUAACGCAUAUUUCAAUAUAUAUAUUUUUUCGAA